CUUUUUUUUACCGGAUUGCGUGAGAAGUGGUUCCCGGCCAAAGGAGGCGUGCAUCGAAAACCGCGUCGUCAUGAUGUGGAUCGUAGGGAAAGAAGUGAAUGGAUUAUCUGUUAUUAAGAAUGUGUUUUAUGUGAUGAUGUGGCGUCUUCUCCGUGCCGGACCGGUGGUAACACCAUCUCGCAGCGAUUUCAUGUUUGUCGUGAAUGCUGUAGAAUCGAUUUCUUCGGGUUAUUGUAGGUACGUUGAAGAAGCGCAAUUGUCGAUCUGCGUAGGAACAGCUCAAGCACCGACACCUACAUUGCCGGUGCAGGCUGCUGCGUGGAAGAAUCAGUCACAUCGGUGUCAUUACCAGAUGGAAGCUUCUCCUUUACUGUGCUUUCGUUGUAAAACUCUUUCAUGAGACGAGAAUGGCAAGGAAAGGGCCGGCAACUUCCAUAGCCACAAGUUGUGAUCGAUCCGAAUAUUCGUUGUGAUUGAAGCACUUCUCAAAGGGGAGGAAGAGUUCUGUUCAUGGGGCUUUGUUGGAAGGACAGGGUGUCCACCAAUGCCACGAGGGGUUGCUAUGUUGCUAGCAGAGCAAUGAUUGUUCGAUGACGCCGCCUGAGUGUAGAAGUCUGCGUGUAACAAGUCUCUCGCUUUGACACCUUCCACUCGCACAUGCCGCAAAAUUCGUGCUCAACUCAGGGGCGGGACAGCGAAGCGAGGAUCCAAAAUUUAGCGCAUUGUAUACAGGGGCGCGAGCUGCUCAGUAGGAGACAGUUCCUCUCUCGGUGACGCUUGGACAGCAAAAAGUGACGAAUGUAAUGUUCGUUGGAGUUAUUCAGAAUUUUUGAUCGGGAUCUUUUUAAUGUUUCAGCUGGUUCUCAUCGACCGUAGGCCUGGUUUGAGCUUGUGGCCUUUGUGCACGCAGGGUUCUUAGUUUUCAAUGUAUGCUUCAGUCUAGUUUCUUCAGGCAUUCGAGGAGACCGUGCAUCAAUCCCAAUCGAUCGGAUCUGGGUGGAAUCUACACCUCUGAUAUCGUUGAGGUUUUCUCUGCCUAGAUGCGGGUUCAUGAAUUGUGUCCUCUUUGUGGCUAAUGUGCAUAGAAGGGAUAUGACUAUUCGCGGUAGGACACUCUGUUCCAUGCGAAGAUUAGAUGAGGCAACUAGUCAAUUGCUGUGCGAGGAGAACAAUUGUCCAUAUUUUUUGGAGUGAAGUCGGUCUUCCAUUGUGACUCAGAAAUAGAUCGGCCUGGAGUAGAGCCUCGUGGAAUCCAGAGUGAUGACCAUUACCAGCUGCAGCGAUUAGCGACUGGGACUUCAGCUAUUCAGUUCGUUUUGUAACGUGACCUCGACUUGUCUAGCAAACGCUGUGCCGAACAGACAGUAUCAUGAAAAUGGAUAAGAAUCACACCGUGGUUAAGGUAGAGAAGGAAACGGAGAAAGUGAAUGCAAAGGUCUGGUCGAGGGAGCUGGGAUGCCACACAGCUAUCAAGUUUCAAAUGAGGACGUUUCCAGAUGUUCGAGUGAAUGUCGUCUAUACCAUGAUUUUUCUAAUCGGCCUCAUCCUCACUGCAGCGCAGCUGUGGCCUCUCACCGACUUUGAUCCCAAGCACUCGUGCACACAACCGGCAAAUCAAGAGAAUUGGGAGAGGCUAGAUAAGUCUGAACCCCAACAACCUCAGAUUUUCUCAGAAUCGUUUCUCCAUGAGAAGGUUGACGCGUCUUCCAUUGAUACAAGCCACGGGGAGCUUAGGGUCUUCAAGCCGCACGGGUUAGCAACGCACUUGUACAUCGAAAUGAGUGCCUAUCGUGGAGGCCCGCGUCAGUUUUCCGUAGUUGGCCUCACCUCAAAACCGAUAGAGUCGCAUCACCAGCCACCCUAUGCUUGCGAGUGGGUGUCAAAUGCAACAGGAGAGGUGGUCAAGGGCCGCCCUCACAAGGUUUUGCCCGAUUGGGACUACGGGAAGCUGUACACAGUUGUGGUGAUCACGUGCAAUUUUGCCAAGGAUGUAGGGGUAGAUGGUGAGGGAGGUGAGCUGAUCCUGUAUGCCAGUUAUGGCGACCAGUACAGGCAGCCGGAACGAAUUGUUGUUCUCACAGAAUCGAAAGGGACGUACAACUCGAGCAUAUUCGAUCCAAAGAAUUUCCCUUAUGAUUAUGUUUAUUGUGGAUCGUCAGUGUACGGUGACAUUAGCCCUCAACGGAUGAGGGAAUGGAUGGCUUAUCAUGCGAAGCUCUUCGGGGAUGGAUCACACUUUAUCCUGCACGAUUCAGGCGGCUUCCAUGAUGAUGUGCGCAAGGUGAUCGAGCCUUGGAUCAAGCAAGGGAGGGUGACAUUGCAGAACAUCAGGCAGCAGGAAAUUUUCGACGGUUACUACCACAAUCAAUUCUUGAUUGUGAAUGACUGCCUCUUUCGGUCUCGAUUUUUAGCAAACUGGACAUUCUUCUUCGAUAUCGAUGAGUUCAUAUUCGUCGAGCCAACUACAACUUUGUCAGCGGUACUGAACGAGAACCCAAAUAUUACGCAGAUUACAAUCGAGCAAACUCCAAUGGCGAAGGAUCUCUGUGUUGCUGAUAACACCACUUCAGGCGAACACGAAAGUCGAUGGGGCUUCGAGAAACUAAUCUACCGGAAGGUUUUGAAACGAGGGAUACGUUACGAUCGCAAAUUCGUUGUCCAAGCGCGGCACGCCGAGGCAACCGGAAUUCAUAUGUCCAUGGACACGCGUCACGGGCAGAAUCUCUACCCGAAAGGUGACAAGAUUCGCUACUACCAUUACCACGGCACCAUUAACAAGAGGCAGGAAGUAUGCACCAGAUUUGUCGACGCGGGGAACAAAACAGCUGUGCAGAGGCACGAGAAGCACUACCACAGGCUCGAUGAGUCCAUGGCGAAACUGGCGAAAGAUGUGAAGUUAUUCGAGCUGAACACGGUAGGGGCCCAACCAUUCAUCGUUUGAUCUCGGGGAGCCAUGGAGGCCACGAAUCACCUCCAUCUUAUCAUCAGCGACCACCGAAAUUCGCCAGAAUAUCCGUUCCAGAAGUGAAUCCCUACGCUUCGUCGCACUGUCGAUAGUACUGCUACAUAAAACUUUGCGCAAGGCACACGAAAUGGGCUCAGACCGCAAUGCUACGAAUUAGGGUUUCAGCUGAAUGGAGCGCAUGUUCAAGCAAAGAGACAUCAAACGACAAAUCUCGAUAAAUUUUGUGCAGGUCUUCACACCAUUGGCUGCGUUGUGUUAGGAAAAUGUAAAGUCUAACGCCCUCUGACAAGUAGUGUUCUAAUUUGCAGGUAUAAAAUUGACCGUUUACUGUACAUUACACAAUAAUUUAUGAUGAGCAUUCUGCGCUCCUACUCAUUCCUCACAAAGAAAAAAA